GACACCAUCCUCCACAGUGGCCAGGCUGAAGGCAUACCUGGCUUCCCUCUUCAGCCUCGAUAAAGAUCCAGAAGAGCAUUCCCUCGCAGAGGUGUCCUACUUUGUGGAGCUGCUCCUGAAAGACCAAGACUUUGCUACCUUAGAGAAGACCUGGAUGCUCCUGGUAGCGUGGCUAGUCCACCCCAGCCAGAACAUCCGCUACCUGAGCGAAAGGGGUCUUCUCCACAUUUAUGGAAAGCUGAAGGCAGAUGAAGGAGAAAUCCGCCACCACCACCACAAGGGUACAGAGGAGAACAUCACGACCCUCAUCGCGGUGCUGAUGCAUGUGGAGGAUGAAGACCUGGAGGUAGUACAGGCUGCGAAGGACAACCUGAGCCUCCUGGCGGAAGCCCUCCUAUGGCACCUGGAGGGCAAGCUGCUGGCGCGGGACUCUUACAGCCUGCAGGAGCUGCUCCACAAGAUCGCCAAGCGUCUGAUUCGGCAGCUCGGCACAGAGGACGCCGUGGAGAUGGAGGCCUCCAAGAUCCUGGGCUUCUUCCGCAGCGAGCAGCCUUCAGUGAGGAGAACGGCUGCCCUGCUGAUCGGUCACCUGGUCCACAAAAAGGGCAGCAUCCUCACUGAAGGGAACAUAGAGACCUUCCAUGCUGCGCUGGAGAGCUUGCUUGGCGACCAUGACCCCGAGGUCGGGAGAGUUGCCUGCAAGACAGAGAAGAUCGUGAAGAAGGCCUUUUCCCUCCACUCCCGGCACGGGCUGCGGGCUGCCGUUCGGCGCUUGUGGGCGGGCUGUAAGAAGAAGAGACACCCGCCAGAGUACGGUGAUCUCUCCACCUGACCGACUGGAACAACAGCCCCGUGCUCUCCCCUUGAAGAUCAGCAGCUGAAGGGAGGUUCAGGAAAGACCGUGCAGCGCAGGGGCCUCCCAGAAGACCUCCUCCAGCCGCGUGGACACAAGAUCUGUCCACAAGAAGACAUCCAGCAGGGAAGUGCAGUUCUGUCUGAGGAGUGAGGGGGAAGCAGGCUCCACUCCCCUGGCCCAAGGAAGCCCCGCCUCUGGGGUGCAGAAGCCCCUCCCCUUGCUUCUGCUGGCAGGCUGUGGGAGGCUACAGGACCACCCUGCCCCCAAGUGGCCCUUUGGAACCAUUCUUGGGCUUCCCUUGGGUCCGGGGAGGCUGUGUGGCCCCAGCAGGAGGGUAAGGUCACUGCCUCCCUCCAUUCCCACCAGCUGGCCAAGGAGCGCCCCCUCCUCCUUCCACCUUUCUCCCCUUCCCCAGCGGCCUGGCUUCCCCUGGCAGGGGAAGCCCCAUCCAGGCAUCCGCCCCCUCCCCUGCCGAGGGUGUGCUCCUCCCCCCCUCCACUCCCGCAGCCACGCCUCACUCCCCCCUCCGCUUCCUCCUCCUUCCUCCCAAACCGGUGCAGCAGCAGAGGAGCCUGGGAGACUCUGGGGCCCCCCUGCAGCCCCAGUAGCGCCCCCUGGAUCUGCCCGGUGGCAGGCCAGAGAAUACUCCUCUCCCUCCUGCUCCAUGCUGUGGCUGCACAGUGGGGAGCCCGAGGUCAAGCAGAAUUCUCUGGCUUGCCCCCCCCUCAACCCCCAGCCCCCUGCGCAAUCCCCACUUGCUGGGCUGCCGGAGUGGAAAGGGAGGAGGAGCAGGGCAACCCCACUGACGCUGCUUUGUGCUUCUUGCAGGCUUGUGCUGCUGCUGGGAGGCUGGAAGAGUCGAUCCGCCCCAGAAGAGGAGACCAAGUGAACGUGCCUGCAAGGAGCGGGGGUGGGGUGGGGUUGGGGGCUGGCUGGGACUCCCCCCAAUUUUGUUUGCCCUGCCAUUCCCUUCUUCUGUGUGACCCUGGGCUUCCUCCCUUCCCUCCCUCCCUCCCCCUCCCUCCCAGGGACAGAAUGGGCUUUGCUGGUCGCCCUGUUGGGGGCCGAGUAGGAAUUUUUGGCUUUCCAACAGAUUGGCCAAGAUGGAAAGUUUUUUUGCCUACUCCAUUCUGUCCUGUUUUGUUUCCUUUAGUUAGAAAGUUAAGUGACGACUUGUAACCUAUUUAAGUAUAUUAAUAAAGUUGCCCCUUUUGUUCAAAACA